AUGGAGGCUGAGAAUUCCCAAGAUCUUCAGUCAGCAGAUUGGAAAACCAAGAGAUCCAAAGGUGUUGUGCCGCAGCGAGGCCCCCGUCCCUGUGCAGAAACGUUUAUUCAGGAAGAUGCACUGAGCGGACCAGAUGUCCCAGGAACCCCGGGGUUCAGCAGCUCUUGCCAGGGGCUCAUGUGCACAUUUGACAACUACCGGAAGCAGCAGUCAAUCUUGGGGACCAAGUCAACCAAGCUAAUUUCUCCUCUGUCACAGAGGUUGCUGCUGGGCUUCUCCAACCUCGGAGAAAUCCAACUCAUCCUCUUUGCUGUAUUUCUGUGCCUGUAUCUGAUCGUUCUCAGUGGGAACAUCACCAUUGUCACUGUCGUAUGCCUGGCUCGCAGCCUCCACGUACCUAUGUGCUUCUUCCUGAGGCUACUUCCCAUCUCUGAGACAUGCUACACUCUGGUCAUCCUGCCCAAGAUGCUCAUAAAUCUGUUGUCCCCGCUCAGAACAACCUCAUUUGUCGACUGUGCCACUCGGAUGCUUUCCUUCUUUGGUUUUGCUGUCACUAAUUGCAUGCGGCUGGGGGUCAUGGGUUAUGACCACUAUGCUGCCAUCUGUCAUCCACUUCGGUACCCUAUCCUCAUGAGCUGGCAGAUAUGGGGACAGCUGGAAGCCACUUGUGCUGUGAUUGGCUUGUUCUCACUGAUAGGCUCCCUCUUAGUCUUUGAACUCCCUUUCUGUGGCCCCAGUAAGAUCAACCACUGCUUCUGUGACAUCUUGUCAGUUAUCCAACUUGCAUGUACUGAAACCUACAUCAAUGAGCUGAUCAUCUUCAUUGGUGGGGUUCCAACACUCAUGAUCUCCCUGACUUUUUUCUGCAUCUCGUAUGGCUUCAUUGUCCACACCAUCUUGAAGAUCCCAUCCACUGAUGGCAAGCGGAAAGCCUUCCCCACCUGUGCCUCCCACCUCACUGUGGUCGUCGUCCACCAUGGCCGUGCCUCCUCUGUCUACCUGUGGCCCUCAGCCAAGUUCUCAUCCAGCAAAGACAGGCUUGUGACAGUGGCCUACACAGUUGUGACUCCACUGAUGAACCCCGUGGUGUAUAGCCUCAGAAACAAGGCUGUCGAGAUAGCCAUUUGGAAAGUGAUUGCACCUUUAACUCAGCGGGUGACUCUUUUGACCUUCAUGGCAAAUCACAGGUUACAGACCCCUCAAAAUCCUGGUCAUCGUUCUCUGGGUUAUUCUCAAGGUACUGGGCAUUCAGAGACGCAGGAGAAAAACUGUCCAGUCGACACAGAUCCAGAAAUGUCAGAGAUGAGAGGAUUUGCAGGAAAGGACAUUGAAAUGGUCAUUAUAAAUGUAUUCUAUCUGAUCGAGAAGGUAGAGGAAGAUAAUGAGCAUGAUGAGGACCUGCAUGGAACACGUAAAACAGACAAAUUAUAA